AUGAAUCAAGAAAUCUACGAAGAACUGCUCUUCGUAAGAACUUUGAUAACCGACACUAAAGAUUUUGAAUCUAGGUUUGAGGAUAUUUUGACUAUGGUAAUACCACCGUGGAUAAUUAAUCCAUAUGGUGACAUAGAAGAAACGAAUGUCAUAAUACAAGAGGAACUGACUGAACUAAGUACAAACGAAGAACUUAAGGUUCAGUUUAAAAACGGAUAUCAGCAAUUCUAG